GCACCCCCAUCCCCCACCCCAAAGCCCUCCCUCCUUCCUUGCAAUUGCUCCGCAAAUCCCCUCUUCUCGCCCUUGCCUAUGGCUUCUUCUGCUCCCCCUCUAAAAUUUCCGAACUCUGUAUCCUCUUCUACAAAAAAGAGAAGGAAGUUUUCAGAUUUACCCUCUAUUGCUCCGACCGGCAAGAAUUGGAGGCCCUCCACGGUGGUCGUCGCCGGCAUCAACGGCCACCCCCAGAUCAACGGCUCCGGCGCCCUCCGCGUGGCCUUCCAGGGCGCCCCGGGCGCCUACAGCGAGUUCGCGGCCAAGACGGCGAGCCCGGCCUGCACCACCAUCCCGUGCCGCGCGUUCGCCGACGCGAUCGACGCUGUGGAGCGCGGCCGCGCCGACCGCGCCAUCCUCCCCGUGGAGAGCACCAUGGAGGGCACUGCCCUCCGGAACUACGACCUCCUCCUCCGCCACGACCUCCGCAUCGUCCAGGAGAUCAACCUCUUCGUCCAUUACUGCCUCCUCGCCAUGCCCGGCGUCCGCCCUGGCGAGCUCCGCCGCGUCAUCAGCCACCCCAUGGCCCUCGCCCACUGCGGCCGCGCCCUCUCCCAUCUCGGCCUCCGCCGCGAGCCCGUCGAGGACACUGCCGGCGCGGUCGAGAUGCUCCGCUCCAACCACCUGCUGGACACCGCCGCCAUCGCCAGCCCCCGCGCUGCUGUCUUGUACGGCCUCGACGUCCUCGCGCAUGGACUCCAGGACGAGUCCUGGAACGUCACCCGCUUCCUCCUCCUGUCGAAGACCCCCACCGGACCGCCCCAGGAACCCGCCGGGGCCGGGCUGAAGACGAGCCUGGUCAUCGCCCACCGAGGCGGCUCCAUGAUGGUGCUUCUAAAAGUCCUCUCUGCGUUCUCCAAACGAAACAUCAAUCUCACGAAGCUGGAGGUGAUCAACUCGUCGAACGAAGGGGAGGCGCCUGUGAUGAUACUGGACGUGAGGGGGAGGGGGUCGCUGAGGGCUUUCCCCCAUGUUUUGUAUGUAGAUUUCGAAGGCUCCACGGAGGAGUCCAAGGUAAAGGAGGCCAUCGACGAGAUCUCUUCUUUCUCGGUUUUUGUUCGUAUUCUUGGCUGCUACACGGCCGAUACUAAUGUUUAUGAUCUUCAAUAGGAUUCUGCACCCUCUUCUUUUGAUCAUAUAUUACAUCACACUAUGCUGUGCAUCAGUUAAUCAAAGUUUCCUUUGCUCGUGUGCAAGAUUAGAGAUCGAUGUGGUUCAUGAAAUCCACUGAUUUGCUUACCAAGCUGAUAUUUUUAGAAUAAUACUUGUAGGGAGCUCCUAUAACUACUUAAUUAGCAUAGGGCUAGGAUUCAUACUUUCCUGUUAUAUAUAGCUUGGAGAGUUUUCAUGUUUCUCGUCAUUGACUUCUAACGAGGGGCCAUCAAAAAGUUAGAAGCGAUCAAAUAUCUCUCUUGUUCUUCCUCAGUCCUUUUAUUUCUCUCUGCAUUGAUUUUUCUCGAGUGUGCUGCGAUAGGAUAUUAGGAUCUUAAAACCUUGCCUCCUGUCGCUCAAGCAGAGAUGGGCAUGGGAAUCCAUUCAGCUCCCAGGUCCUCUCUUAAACUAUUUUAAGUAGUUCGCUGAACUGCAACAAUUUAUAGUAGUUAGAGAGAAAUGAAAACACAUAGUUAGUGCGUUAGGUAAAUGGCAGAUGGCUGCUGACUGGAAGCUAUGCAUAAGAAGGUCAGGAAUCUGGAAUCAAUCAAAAUAUUCUUCACGUGCAA